GCGAUAAAAGCCAAGAGGGCGGGCCACACUUUGUUGGAUGUAGCAAUAAGAGAGCCACGAGCCUGACGGAUACAAGACACUCGUGCAAGAAGUUGUGACUUUGGUGAGAGCUUGCCACCUUCGGGUCAAAUAUUUCUAAGCGGUUUAACGGGAGAAUAAAUUGAAUUUCAUUAAUAAUCGGUAUUUAGUUGUUGUGUUGAAGUGAGAUCGUCAGGAAGAAUGAGUGUAGGCGGGCAAAUCGAAGCUAACCAAUCUUCAAAAGUUUCUAUAUCCCAUUCGGGAAAUUCUGGAGGCCCACCGACUUUACUUAUCCGAUCCGAUAAACCAUACCCUAGGACACCAAAAUGUGCCAGAUGUCGAAAUCAUGGAGUUGUCUCGGCACUAAAAGGACAUAAACGUUACUGUAGAUGGAGGGACUGUGUAUGUGCUAAAUGUACUCUGAUCGCAGAACGACAGAGAGUUAUGGCUGCACAAGUAGCCCUUCGCAGGCAACAGGCCCAAGAAGAGAACGAAGCCAAAGAGUUGGGCCUAUAUUACGAAACAACCGAUGGGGCAAUUUAUGCGAUGAAUGGAGUUGCAGUACAAACACAUAAGAGAAGUGAUCCAUAUCAGCAACUUGACAGUCCUGAUGGCAAACGAGCAAGACUAGAAAUAAUUCAUGCUAAUUCUCAAGUAUCACCUACUACAACAUCAGCGAUGAUAAACGGCGCAAGUAGUCCUCCUAGUUCAGUUUCUAGCAUGGUAGAUAUUCAAGCAGUUAGCCCUGGACUACAUUCACCAACGAGCCGGGACUGCAACAACACUUCUCCCCUUCUUUCACCCACUAUCUCUCAUAAAAAUUCCCCUAAAAUAUGUCUAGCAGAUGAGACAAUGAGUAAAGAAAGUCGCCGAGAUAGAGAAAAGAGCAGAAGUCCGCCAGAUUCACCACUGUCUUUAGCUGCUAAACAUAGUGGUAAACAACCAAUAGACACUUUAAUUCAACUAUUUCCAUCUCAAAAGAAAAGCGUACUGGAACUGAUUCUUCAAGGUUGUGAUGGAGAUUUGGUUCAAGCUAUCGAACAAAUUCUCUCGAACCACCAUGCUGCUCAGGCAGCGCAUGGCUCUUCAAAUGCGUUUCCAUUCCCUUCAACGAGUUCCAGCAACACUUAUGUGACUCAUCGGCCCUAUUUGCCGACAACGCCGUUGGGUUCUUCUGGAAUAAAGUCGGCUUUUUCUCCUCUGAGUGCAACGGAUAGAGCGGCUAUGGCGUCACCUACUGGUCCCUUUCCACACAUGCAGUUUGCGUAUGCACCUUAUGGUAGGGGGUUAGCUCUUGUGAACCCUUACCCACCUGCGAUGUUCCCAGCGUUUGGAAUGAGGCCGCCGACGGCUGCAGAGUACAGUUUCAGUGGACUAAUGCGAGAUAUGAGUGGAAGAAAAGAUGGUAGGCAGAAUGGAACGUUUGGAGCUUCAUAGACACUACUGAUAUAGAUGAAGGCCGGUCGUUAUGCUCAAUGGCAUGUGCAACUGUUGGAUUACUAAACGGUCCAGGUAAUUGCUCCUUUCAUCAAGCAAGAGGCGAACCUACCAGAUUCUGAUGUAGGCCUAUGAUUGGUCGUUAACGCGUGCAUGUUGUUAAUGUUGAAUUCAGUCGGUAAUUGAUGCUCACGUGUAAACGAAUUGUGCUUUACUGUUUGCGUUUACACUUCGUGGUUUAAAUCUCAAAUUGUCAUCCUUGUAAUUUGAUGAUAGGCCUACUUGAAAAUAAACGACUAUUUGAACGCAUGACAAGCCAUCAGAAAUAAAUGCUCUAUAUUAUAUUUUGAUCUGAGUAGGCCUAUAGCAUCGGCCACGAAAAUGGGCGACUUUCUUUCACUUUUUUUGUGCGUGUUUUUCGAUUAAAAUAUAGGCAUAUAAAUUUUGUGCUGAGCUGAGAAAUUUAAUAAUACAAUUCAAUAUAUGUAUUGCUUACAUUUAUAUUUCAAAUAAGUUAAGCUUGUGAUUUAAUAGGGAGAUUUCGCAACCUUACGAAAACGAUAACGAAUACGAAUACGUCAUUGUCGUUAUCGUCAUUCGUGCCUAAAACAUUCUUGACAAUAUGCUGUAUGACGUAUCCGUAUUCGUUAUCUUUUCGAAGCUUGCGAAACUCCCUAAUAUUUGAACGAGAAAAAAACUUGUCAACAAACGCACACAUGAUGACCGUACCGUUCAAUUUUUUAACAUAAAUCCUGCGGAAAUGUAGUUUGAUGUGUCAUAAUUAUAAAGUUGAUCAUUUGUUUGAUACUUUGGAUUCAGUUAUUCAAUAGUCUACGUGAUGUUGAUAUGUCCAGAUCAAAAAACUGUUGUAUGCCCAUAUGUUUUCAUUAUGUAUAUU